UUUGCCUUUGGAAGCAUGCUUUCUCCGCCUGUCCAGUUAGUCCGUCCUGGCGUUCGAGGCGCGCUGGAAGGAAUGCAGAUCCCUCUCCUCGGGGCCGGGAGGGGCGGGGCCUCUGACGUGGGCCCCGCCCACCGCAGCGCCGCCGCGCUCCGCUCGGACGCCAGCGCUCAGACCGCGCCGCUGUUGCUGCCUGCCGGGAGAGCCAUGGCCACUUUCCGCUUGGCCCUCAUCCAGCUUCACAUUUCUUCCAUCAAAUCAGAAAACGUCACUCGAGCUUGUAGCCUCAUCCGGGAAGCAGCAACACAAGGAGCGAAAAUAGUUUCUUUGCCGGAAUGCUUCAAUUCUCCAUAUGGAGUGAAAUAUUUUCCUGAAUAUGCAGAGAAAAUUCCUGGUGAAUCCACACAGAAGCUUUCUGAAGUAGCAAAGGAAUGCAGCAUAUAUCUCAUUGGAGGCUCUAUCCCUGAAGAGGAUGCUGGGAAACUCUAUAACACCUGUACUGUGUUUGGGCCUGAUGGAACUUUACUAGCAAAGUACAGAAAGAUCCAUCUGUUUGACAUUGAUGUUCCUGGGAAAAUUACAUUUCAAGAAUCUAAAACAUUGAGCCCGGGUGAUAGUUUCUCCACAUUUGAUACUCCUUACUGCAGAGUGGGUCUGGGCAUCUGCUAUGACAUGCGGUUUGCAGAGCUUGCACAGAUCUACACACAGAGAGGCUGCCAGCUAUUGGUAUAUCCAGGAGCUUUCAAUCUGACCACUGGACCAGCCCAUUGGGAAUUGCUUCAACGAGGCAGAGCUGUUGAUAAUCAGGUGUAUGUGGCCACAGUGUCACCUGCCCGGGAUGACAAAGCCUCCUAUGUUGCCUGGGGACACAGCACCGUGGUGAACCCUUGGGGAGAGGUCCUAGCCAAAGCGGGCACAGAAGAAACAAUCAUGUAUUCAGACAUAGACUUGAAGAAGCUGGCUGAAAUACGCCAGCAAAUCCCCAUUUUUAGACAGAAGCGAUCAGACCUGUAUGCAGUGGAGAUGAAAAAGCCCUAAAGUUGAUGUUUGUAAUGUGUCACAGAACAGGAAGAUAUGAUUCUGCAGCAUAAUCAACUCCCUAUUAAAUUCUUUAAUGAAGAUUUUUUUUUUAA